CGUCCUGAGUGCCGCCUCUCCCAGAUCUCUCCAGACUCUUCUGUGGCUUGCUAGACCGGCACGGCUACUGGGAGGAUAGGUGAAAGGAGCGGGUAGGAGGCCUCGGAAAACCAUGGCUGCUGCUAAAGAAAUGGCUAUAGGCAUCGACCUGGGUACCACCUACUCAUGCGUGGGGGUGUUCCAAAACGGCAAGGUGGAGAUCAUUGCCAAUGACCAGGGCAACUGCACCACCCCCAGCUACAUGGCGUUCACCAACACUGAGCGGCUGAUCGGGGAAGCGGCCAAGAACCAGGUAGCCAUGAAUCCCCAGAACACUGUCUUUGAUGCCAAACGUCUGAUCGGCAGGAAAUUUAAUGAUCCUGUAGUUCAGUCAGAUAUGAAACUUUGGCCUUUUCAAAUAAUCAGUGAAGGAGGCAAGCCCAAGGUACUGGUGUCCUAUAAAGGGGCGAAAAAAGCUUUCUAUCCUGAGGAAAUCUCUUCCAUGGGGAAGGAGACUGCUGAGGCUUUUUUGGGCCACCCUAUCACCAAUGCUGUGAUCACUGUGCCAGCCUAUUUCAAUGACUCACAAUGACAGGCAACUAAGGAUGCAGGCGUGAUUGCAGGUCUCAAUGUGCUAAGAAUUAUCAAUGAGCCCACAGCUGCUGCCAUUGCCUAUGGCUUAGAUAAAGCAGGUCAGGGAGAGCGACAUGUCCUGAUCUUUGACCUUGGUGGAGGCACAUUUGAUGUGUCCAUCCUCACCAUAGAUGAUGGGAUUUUUGAGGUAAAGGCCACAGCUGGGGACACCCACCUGGGUGGAGAGGACUUUGACAAUAGGCUAGUGAGCCACUUUGUGGAGGAGUUCAAGAGGAAGCAGAGGAAGGACAUUAGCCAGAACAAGUGGGCCGUGAGGCGGCUACGCACGGCCUGUGAGAGGGCCAAGAGGACCCUGUCGUCCAGCACCCAGGCCAACUUAGAAAUUGAUUCACUUUAUGAAGGGAUUGACUUCUACACAUCCAUCACCAGAGCCCGGUUUGAAGAGUUGUGUGCAUACCUGUUUAGGGGCACCCUGGAGCCUGUGGAGAAGUCUCUUCAGGAUGCCAAGAUGGAUACGGCUAAAAUCCAUGAUAUUGUUUUAGUGGGGGGCUCCACCCACAUCCCUAAGGUUCAAAAGCUGCUGCAGGAUUACUUUAAUGGCCAUGAUCUCAACAAGAGCAUCAACCCCGAUGAGGUGGUGGCCUAUGGGGCUGCAGUACAGGCUGCCAUUUUGAUGGGUGACAAGUCUGAAAAGGUACAGGACCUGCUUUUGUUGGAUGUAUCUCCUCUGUCCCUAGGGUUGGAGACGGCCAGGGGCAUGAUGACUAUCCUGAUCAAGCGCAAUUCCACCAUCCCCACCAAGCAGACACAGAUCUUUACCACCUACUCAGAUAACCGGCCCGUACUGAUCCAGGUGUACGAGAGUGAGAGGGCCAUGCUGCGGAACAACAACUUGCUGGGGCACUUUGACCUGACUGGGAUCCCUCCUGCACGCAGGGGAGUUCCUCAGAUUGAGGUGACCUUUGACAUUGAUGCCAAUGAAAUUCUCAAUGUAACAGCCAUGGACAAGAGUACUGGUAAGGCCAGCAAGAUCACCAUCACCAAUGACAAGGGCUGGCUGACCAAGGAGGAGAUCGAGCAUAUGGUUCUGAAUGCUGAGAAAUAUAAAGCUGAGGAUGAGAUCCAGAGAGAGAAAGUCUCUGUAAAAAAUGCCUUAGAAUCCUAUGCACUUAACAUGAAGAGCGCUGUGAGUGAUGAAGUCUUGAAAGGCAAGAUUAGUGACUCUGAUAAAAAGAAAAUACUGAAUAAAUGUAAUGAGGUCCUUUCAUGGCUGGAGGCCAAUCAACUGGCGGAGAAAGAUGAGUUUGAUCAUAAGAGAAAGGAAUUGGAGAAGGUGUGUAACCCAGUCAUCACAAAACUCUAUCAGGCAGGAUGUGUUGGGCCUACCUGUGGAACAGGGUAUAUGCCUGGAGAGGCUGCCACAGGGCCCACCAUUGAAGAAGCUGAUUAAUCUUACCUGAAGCUGGAAGAUCCUAGGGUGCCACUAAGGUGAAGUGUGCUUCCCCAUCUUCAAACAUAGAUAUGAUUCUUGAAGUGACUGCACCUGAACCUAAGUUACCAUCCCUUUGGGAUUCUGGUGGAGGGGCAUCAGAUCAAAUAUCAUGCCAUCUUUUCACACUCCAAAAUCCUGUUUCUGAUUCUGGAAGGAGACUUAGGAAAACUAUGUCCUCUUUGAACCAUUUGAUGAGUUUGAAUGUCUGUUAUUUAUUUCCAGUCUCCCCAGCUUGCUUCAUCCAGUGUGGUUGUCCCUCAGUAAAUGUGUUCCUAAAGCAAAUUAUUUCUGAUAUUUUUAGACUAUGAGUGUAUCUUGAAAAGUAAGGAAGAGGACAGUUCAUGCAAAGCGCAUGUGUGAUCUGACUGAGAGCUGAUUGUGAAUGAUGAAGCUGGUAAGGGCAAAGUACUUGAAUUUUCAUCAGCUAAUUGUUUCAAGCAGGAAGAUAACUUUAUCAUUAGGCACCCUGAGCCCCAGCUACAGCAAUUGCUAACUAUAGUUACUGCUUAUAUUCAGUGAGACUGGCUUAGGUAUUCAAGUUCAGCUGUGAGGGGUCAGGGCCUGGGCAAACUUAUGCUUGAUGUGCUUAUGUCACUUAAGGUGUGUGAUUGGGUGCUGCUCUCACAGAGUGUGUUAUUACAUCCUUUACGUGCAGAAAACAUUUCUACAUUAAAUUCUUGUCUCGCCUGAGGGUUUCCACCCCGGGCAAGUUCACUCUGGAUUCAGUGAGACUGAAAAAUGAAAACAGGACGUCACGGGUAAGAGAGUUUAUACCCAGCUUUAUUCCUGUGGUGGCAGCUCAAGCACUAGAACUGCCCGUCCACUUCAGGACAAGUGUGGCAUGCAGCAAGCUGGUCGCUGCCUCUGGGCCUCUCCGCCGCCUUGCAGCCCCCAAGCUCUGGGUGGAGCUUUUUAUAUAGAGCCAAUAACUUAUUGCCCGCAAGUGUGCAAACCUGCACCUGCGAGCAUUGCCUGUGUGCAGUGGGCAA